GGGUAGAGAACUGUUUGAUAAAAAAAAGAAGAAAGAAAACUCGAUCAAACUGUUUCUGAUUUCUCACGCCUCUCUUUGAAAUAUCCGUUUUCCAAAUAUAAACCCUAAUCGAUCGCUUAUCAAAUCUUUUGUUUUUCUGCGAUUUAAAUGAAUACAUCUACAUAUUACCUGAAGAACCCUAGGCAAUAGCUUAACGAAAUUAUUUUUGAAUUCCAAUAUUUCUCGCUGAGAUUUCUGGAUUCGAUUGAAGGGGUUACGAUUGAAAGAAAUAGAGGAAUUCUGGUAUUUGGUGGAUGGUCUCAUGGGGGCAACGGGGUCUAAGCUCGAGAAAGCUCUAGGAGACCAGUUUCCUGAAGGCGAACGAUAUUUUGGAUUAGAAAACUUCGGUAACACUUGCUAUUGUAACAGUGUCCUGCAGGCUCUAUAUUUUUGUGUUCCAUUUCGUGAACAGCUACUUGAAUAUUAUGGAAAUGUUAGAAAUCCAGGAGAUGUAGAAGAAAAUCUUCUUACAUGUUUGGCAGAACUGUUUAUGCAGAUUAGCACACAAAAGAAGAAAACUGGUGUUAUUGCUCCAAAACGCUUUGUACAAAGAGUGAAGAAGGAAAAUGAACUUUUCCGUGGUUACAUGCAUCAGGAUGCACAUGAAUUUUUGAAUUUCUUGUUAAACGAACUAGUUGACAUACUAGAGAAAGAAAGCCAUGCAACAAAAGGUACAAAAGAACAUUCAUCACCUCCUGAAAAGAUUACCAAUGGGAUACAUGUUGCUCAGGCCAAUGGUGUACGGAAGGAGCCCUUAGUUACUUGGGUUCACAAAAACUUUCAGGGUAUACUUACAAACGAAACAAAGUGUUUAAGAUGUGAAACUGUGACUGCAAGGGAUGAGACGUUCUUAGAUUUGAGCCUUGAUAUAGAGCAGAACAGUUCAAUUACGAGUUGUCUAAAGAACUUCAGUUCGACCGAGACCUUAAAUGCUGAGGAUAAGUUUUUCUGCGAUAAAUGCUGCAGUUUACAGGAAGCACAAAAGAGGAUGAAGAUCAAGAAACCGCCUCAUAUUUUGGUUAUACAUUUGAAGCGUUUCAAGUACAUGGAACAGCUUGGUCGGUACAAGAAGUUAUCGUAUCGUGUUGUUUUCCCUCUGGAGCUGAAGCUGACCAACACCAUGGAAGACGCCGAUUGUGAGUACUCUCUAUUCGCAGUCGUGGUUCACGUCGGCAGCGGGCCCAACCAUGGCCAUUAUGUCAGUCUGGUGAAAAGCCACAACCACUGGCUCUUCUUUGAUGACGAAAAUGUAGAGAUGAUCGACGAAUCUGCCGUCCAAACCUCAUUCGGUUCAGCUCAAGAGUAUGCAAGCAACACCGAUCAUGGGUACAUCCUGUUGUACGAGAGCCUUGCUACCAACAACACGAGCUGAACGUUGAAUGGCAUUUCUCGUACUUUUUUCGCGUCUAUUUCUUAUGUGUUUCUGUUUUUUGGCAUGAAAUAUAGCAUUUUGGAUUAGAUAAGAAGAAACUUGAGAUGGGUUUGAUGUACAGUUGAUGCUGCUAUUUGAGUUCAUCUGUUUUUAGUAAUAAAGAUGCACAUGUGAAUGCCCAAAUGUUCACAUAUGAUUGGAAU